AUGGAGAACCCAGUCAAGGAGAUAGCGGGUGUGAUCCACCUGCUCACACAAUCUCCACCUUCUACCCAGCGGCAGACGAUUGAUACUUACUUCACGCCCAAUGCCUCCUUCACGCAUCCGUUUUGCCGUACUGGGAAGUGGCCGAACUCAAGAUUGUUAGUUGCGAUCAUCUACCGUUGGUACAAGAUCAUGAGCCCAAGUAUAGACAUCACAGUACAAAGUGUCGCGUUUGACAAACCGAACCUCAUCCUAUACGUGUCCAUCUUCCAGAUCUUCCGCAUCUGGCUGAUACCCUUCUACUACGCCCCGGUGUACCUGACCUCAGUCAUCAAGCUCGAGUACAAUGACAACGACGAGAAGUACUACAUCGAAUCGCAAGACGAUCUCUACGCCAUAGACCAGUGGAUACGGUUCAUCGCACCAGGAGGCUGGAUACUGGUAUACCUGUGGCAGUUCUGGGCCUCCUUCUUUUGUGUCAUUGGCGCCAUUGUGCUACACCCCAUAACUCUUCUGGAAGAGCGCUCCAGCAAAGGCGAUGGAGGAGAGGUCGAAUGGCGGAGGAAGAAGGAGCAGGUUGGACGACUAGAUGGCAUGAGCGCGGAAGAGGUGUUGCAGAGAACGGAGCUGAAGGGCAGGAUCAUUGGUUGA